CUUAUUUGUAUCCUGCGUUGCGUUUGUAUGACGUUAGGGUUUCGAGACUAGAAUUUUCCAAUUGUCAACGGGAACGGACUUUAACUCGAUCAACGUCAAUUUAGUUAAGUUGUUGAGUGCAAUCGAGAAGCUCAGGCAGCUUAGAAAGGCAGACUUUGUGGAGAAAUUAUGGACAAAAUUGAAAUUGGAGCAAUGGAUGCUGUGGUCGACAAUAUGGAUUCUUACGCCGAUGAAAUUAUUUUAGAUGAGGAACGCCGGCAAACAGAUGAAGACAAAGUCAACAACCAUGAUACUAAUGGGAAAAAGAAUUCAGAUGAAGAAUUCCCCAAUUCAGAUUUGGAUAAAAUCCAAUCAAAAGAGGUGGAUUCCAACGUGCCAGACGUAACUCCAACUGACAAAUCCAUGGAGGACGAAAUCGAACUUCUGGACCUUUCAAUGGAAAAUAGUUUGGUUGUAGAUGAAGAUGCUGAUAAACAAAAAUCUAAGCGCUCUCUCUUAAAUAACGAAGUAGACAAACUAACUGUCAAAAAAUCCAAGGUUAAUGGAACAAGCAAUGAGGAACCAAGCCAAAAUGAACCUGAUAAUCUUAAUGGUGAGGCUUCUUCGGCAAGACUUACCAGAUCAGAUUUAGAAGAAAUCCGCCUUCAGAAAAUAUUCGAAUCCCUCUUGAUAAGGAGAGAGCGAGCCCAACUAUAUCAUACGAUAAGAAAACAUGAAGAAGGUUUGGCAGUUCUCGAUGAAGAAAUACGCCAAUUAAUCGAUCAGCAUGAAGAUUUAGUCAAUCUCCUGGCAGAAUUCAAAACUGAAAUCAAAAAAUUUGAACAACCACCAGUCAUUAUCCGACAGGUAUCUUCGGAAGUCAUCGAUCUGACAGAUGAGGUCGAAGACGUUGCGACCACAAGUACUCAAUAAAUGCGAGGAAAAGAAGAUAAUUUUGUUUCUUAUCAUAUUUAAAUAUUGUAUUUUUGUUUGAAUGUUGUUUUUGCUUUAAUGUUUCUAUGUUAUAGAGUAGAGAGUAGACUUUUGAACAUUGUGUUGUGUUUUUGGCUUUAUUAUUUGUUUUAUAACCAUUAAAUGUGAUCAGUUAAUUUGUUUUUUUAUUUGCUUUAUAUUUUUUUUUCAUUGAUAAAAUGGUUUAUGAAGAUUAGGUUAUCCAAAUCUCAAAUUGAUCCACAUUAAACUCAAAUUUCUUUCAUAGGAAAACCCUGCUAUUUGAUGUGAGCCGCAUUUUUUGUACAUCCAUAUCUCUAAAUUCCAUAUUUAAAAUAUUCAAUCACUAGUUGUUCUCGAAUUUCUGCUGCUGCUUCCGGAUAGGCCAAAGUAACCACGUAACGGUUUCAAAUUCUUGUAGGUUUCCUGCGGCUUCUUGUUGCCUGGUUCUCAGUAGUAAUACCUGGUAAAGCUGCCUUCGGUGUUGGUUUUCAUAUCGACGCUCCAACGCAUCAACAAGCGCUCCAUAGUUUUGUUGGAAAGCUGGAGGUACGGUCUCUAUAAGGUCUAAGGCAAUGCUACAAUCAAGCCUGUAACCCUGUCAUCGAAGCUCCAGC